UGAUGAUAAUAUCGAUGUUAAUAAUGAUAAUAAUGUUGACGGUAAUAGUAAAGAUUAUGAUACAGAUGAUAAUAAAAAAAAACUUGCGGUUAAACCCAAAAUUUCGCAUUUCCAACAAUUCACCAAUUUGAAGAGAAUUUAUGAUAUAUUGCAAAAA